GGAGAAAGAAGCGUGCAGGAGAAGAGUGGCAUUUCCUUGACGUCGUUUACCGCCACGUGAACUUCGCCAGACGCAAGUUUCACACUACUCAGCAGUCGGCUUUACAGGCGUUCGACAAUCAUACGUUCCUUUCAAACAUUGGAUUUAGUCAUUAACUGUUCAUACUCCACAGGCCAGAAUGGCUUAACAUUUUGUGGCGUCCACAAGGUGCUCUUCUUCUCACAACGAUCCCACAGGGCGCAGACACAAAAUGCGGCUCAUCUACCUGACCACUCUCCUUCUCGUCCUUCUUCUGGCUGACCUCUCUCUGGCCCAGAGGGGAAGAGGCAGAGGCCGUGGUCCAGGUCGAGGCCUAGGAGAUAUAGUUGGCCGAGGACAGUUCCGAGGACGUGGCAGGGGUCCUCAAAAUGACAACAGCUCGGAAGACUCCCAAAGCUCUGAAUGUCAAACAGCCAAAGGAGAGGCCGGAACAUGUGAGCCAUUGAGCCACUGUGUGUACCAGCUCAACGGAGCUGAUGAAAUACCCAGGUCCCGCUGUGGAAGGGGCAACAAAGUAUGCUGUCCUGUGGAAACACCUCCCACUGGAGAAUGGAGUCCGGUCCGCCGACCAGCUAGUGUGGCUGGAAGAAGAGUGGUGUCGUUGCCAGAAAUUACGCAGGAAGAUCUGGAUAUUGCCGGACGAGCAAGUCUAACCAUUGUUCGUGGAAUAGACGACGCGGAAAGAUCUCUGCUCAAUGAUGGUAUAUUUGCAAAGCGGAAAUCCACCGCCGCUCAGCAGUCUGCCUUUUUCGGCUUCAAGCUCAUCGUUCAGGCCCUUGGUAGGGACGGUCUCAUUGGCCUCGAAGCAACGCGGGAACUGGCUCGACGGUUCAACCUGGAUUCGUUACAAGGAAGGGAUGGUCUUCAGCGCUUCAACAUUCAGAACACUGUCAUCGCGGAUACUUGUCCCAAAAUUCCGCGCUGCCCUUCAACAAAAUUCCGAUCCAUCGAUGGCCUAUGCAACAACCUUGAGAACAGAGAGUGGGGGAAGUCGCUCACGGCUUAUGAGAGGUUCCUGCCACCAAGCUACGCCGAUGGUCUCACGCUUCCUCGAGUGAGCAUUGACGGGGGUCCGCUUCCGAGCGCAAGAAAAGUUUCGGCGACCCUCAUGCCGGACGCUGAUGUACCGAACCAGCAGCACACCCUCAUGUUGAUGCAGUUUGGCCAGUUUAUUGAUCAUGACCUCACACUAACAGGCGUUACACGAUUCAGCAAUGGUUCAGCCAUCACCUGUUGUGACCCGCAGUUGGCAGCGAACCCUACGAGGCGCCACUUCGCCUGCAUGCAGAUUGACAUCGCACCUGACGACCAAUUUUACGGCCAGUUUCAGCAGAACUGCCUCGAGUUCGUUCGCUCCGUAGCUGCUCCCAGGCCUAAGUGCAAAUUUGGACCGCGCGAACAGCUGAAUCAGCUGACCGCAUACCUGGAUGGUUCUGCUAUCUAUGGCUCUACAGAGGAAGAAGCCAAGGCUCUCCGAAGCAUGACUGAUGGCCGCAUGGAGACCACGGUGUUCAGCAAGGACGAGAUGCUGCCUUUGCAACCCGAAGGCGUUCAUGCCUGCAUCAUAGACGGGGCUUGCUUCCGAGGAGGAGACGCACGUGUCAACGAGCAAGUGGGCCUGACGGCGAUGCACACCCUGUGGAUGCGGGAGCACAACCGAGUCGCUGGCGAGCUGAAGCGACUCAACCCUGGCUGGAAGGACGAGAUCUUGUAUCAGGAGGCCCGGCGAAUAGUGGCCGCUGAAUUCCAACACAUCACCUACAACGAGUAUCUUCCACUCCUACUCGGUCGCCAGAUCAUGACAGAAUUUGACCUUUUGUUGACACCCAGAGGCUACAGCAACAGCUACGACCCGGAGCUGAAUGCCGGCAUCGGCAAUGUAUUCGCGGCCGCCUCCUACCGAUAUGGACACACGCUCGUGCAGGGCCACAUUGACCUCAUCAAUGAGGAUGGGUCAGUGCAUAAAAGAUUGCCGCUUGCAAUGCAAUUCUUCAACCCGGGUGAGCUUACGCAACCGGGAAACAUCGACCGAUUCUACCGAGGUCUCAUCACCCAACCAUCCCAGAGCUACGACGGCUUCAUGAGUGAACAGUUGACCAGCCAUCUGUUUGAGCCACCUGGCUUCCCUUUCGGAACCGAUUUGGCCGCCCUGAACGUCCAGCGUGGUCGGGACCACGGCAUACCGAGCUACAACGACUGGCGCGAGUUCUGCGGCCUACCCCGGGUCACAAACUUUUCACAGCUGACCGACAUAAUGUCCCAGCAGGCAGCCCAAGCCUUCGCUGAAGUCUACAAGUUUCCUGAUGACAUCGACCUUUUCGCUGCUGGUGUUAACGAGCGCCCCGUACCUGGUGCAGCGCUCGGCCCCACAUUCGCCUGCACAAUAGCCGAGCAAUUCCGGAGAAUGAAAAAUGGCGACCGCUUUUGGUACGAAAACGGAGGUCUUGAGUCGUCACUCAAUGAAGUUCAAAUUGAAGAAAUCCGAAAGGCAAGCCUGGCGAGAAUUCUGUGCGACAACUCCAACGUCAAGUUCGUGCAGCCGCUUGUGAUGAUCCGAGAAACCAGCUGGAAUCCCAAGCUCGACUGCGACAGUGAAGACAUUCCUCGGGUGGACUUUGACAAUUGGCAGAACGAGCCAGUGUGGACAUAAAUUUGUACACGUGCAACACUUCACUUGGAUCUACUUUUUACACUGAUACUACUCUCCUUCUCCCUUCUAUGAAGAAGACAGUCUUACGUACACAAGAAAAAUAAAAUUUAUGCACUCUCGCUGCUUUAAAUUUUCACAAAAAAA